CUGGGCCUGUGUGUAGGAGAGAGAGUGUGUAGCACAGAGGGCGCUGAGAACAAGAACACAAAGGGCAGCACGGUGAGACAAGCCGUCGGUGGCACAACUGCCUCACCGAAUCAGGAUGGCACUUCCUACAGGCAGGCGUGGGUAGCAGUUGGAGCCGGCAACAGACAUGUGGCUCUUCCUUGGGAUCGCUGGAUUGCUGACAGCAGUUCUCUCAGGUCUCCCACCUCCAGCCCCCUCUGACCAGCACAGAAAUGGCAGCAUCCCAAAUAUGUCCUCGGACCCAGAGGAGCAGCUGGGGAUUCGCCUGGUGAACGGGAGCAGUCGCUGCAGUGGAUUUGUGCAGGUUCUUCUAGAGUCCUGGGAGCCUGUGUGUGCAGGGCACUGGAAUCGGGCUGCUACAGAGGCUGCAUGCAACGCACUGGGCUGUGGCGAUUUGGGAAACUUUACCCACCUGGCGCCACCCACCUCUGAGCGUCCACCAGGAGCCACUUCCCGGAACACUAGCAGCUCCAGGAAUACGACAUGGGCGGGGGCACCAACUGUGAGAUGCCACGGAGCCAAUUGGCAACUCUGCAAGGUGGAGGACUACGAGUGCAGCAGCGACAGGCGGCUGGUGUGGGUCACCUGUGCAGAGAACCAGGCUGUGCGGUUAGUGGAUGGUGGCAGUCGCUGCGCUGGCCGCGUGGAGAUGCUGCAGCAUGGUGAAUGGGGAACAGUGUGCGAUGACACGUGGGACCUGGAUGAUGCAAACGUAGUGUGUAAGCAGCUGAAGUGUGGCUGGGCAGUGAAGGCACUGGCCGGCUUGCACUUCACCCCAGGCCAAGGACCCAUCCACCGUGACCAAGUGAACUGCUCUGGGACCGAGGCCUAUCUGUGGGACUGCCCGGGGCGGCCAGGAGACCAGUACUGCGGUCACAAGGAGGAUGCAGGAGUGGUGUGCUCAGAGCACCAGUCCUGGCGCCUGACUGGAGGUGUUGACUCCUGCGAAGGGCAAGUGGAAGUGUACUUCCGGGGUGUCUGGAGCACCGUGUGUGACAGCGAAUGGUACCCAUCCGAGGCCAAAGUGCUCUGUCAGUCCUUGGGUUGUGGAUCAGAAGUGGACCGGCCCAAGGGGCUGCCACACUCCCUGGCAGGCAGAAUGUACUACUCCUGUAAAGGGGAGGAGCUCACCCUCAGCACCUGCUCCUGGCGGUUCAACAAUUCCAACUUGUGCAGCCAGUCGCUGGCCGCAAGGGUUGUCUGCUCAGGCUCCCAGAGACAUCCCAAUCUGUCGACUUCUGAAGUGCCUUCCAGAGUUCCGGUCACCAUAGAAUCUUCUGUGCCUGUGAGCGUGAAGGAUAAGGACUCUCAAAAUUUGACACUUCUCAUUCCCUGCAUUGUCCUGGGAAUUCUCCUUCUUGUCUCCCUCAUCUUCAUAGUUUUUCUUCUCUUGAAAGCCAAAGGACAAUAUGCCCUCCCUACUUCAGUGAACCACCAGCAACUGUCCACUGCCAAUCCAGCAGGGAUCAACAACUACCAUCCUGUCCCUAUCACCAUUGCCAAAGAAGCUCCUAUGUUGUUCAUCAAGCCCCGGGUCCCCGAGGACUCGGACUCCAGUUCUGAAUCCGACUAUGAGCAUUAUGACUUCAGCUCCCAGCCGCCUGUGGCCCUGACCACCUUCUACAAUUCCCAGAGGCACCGGGUCACAGAGGAAGAAGCCCAACAGAACAGGUUCCGGAUGCCACCCUUGGAGGAAGGACUUGAAGAGUUGCACGUUUCUAACAUCCCAGCUGCUGACCCCAGACCCUGUGUGGUGGAUGCCCCCUCUCUGGGCUCUCAGUACCACACGAGGAACAACAGUGACUCCAGCACAUCCUCUGAGGAGGGUUACUGCAAUGAUCCCAGCAGCAAGCCACCUCCAUGGAACUCCCAGGUGUUUUCCGAGAAGAGUCCCCUCACAGAGCAGCCCCCCAACUUGGAACUGGCUGGCUCUCAGGCAAUGUUUUCAGGGGCCUCGGCCGAUGACAGCUCCAGUACCUCGUCUGGGGAGUGGUACCAGAACUUCCAGCCACCACCCCAGCAUCCUCCAGUGGAACAGUUUGAAUGUCCAGGACCGCCUGACCUCCAAGCAGACUCCAUUGAUGAUGAUGAGGAAGACUACGAUGACAUUGGAGCAGCCUAGCCUGGGUCGCCGAGGCUCCUGGGUGACCCCUCCCUCUGCUCUCCUGUUCUACCACCCAUCAACUUCUCAGAGGCUGAGGCCCCUGGCAGAGAUGGAAGGGUGGGCAUUCUCCCAGCCCCGCAUCCUCCACCCAUUGAUUAACCUGCAGGAGCCUGGAACAGAAAGCAGGGCCAAUGGUGUGAGUGCUGGGUUGAACGAACAGAGUCUGGCCACUUCUUGGUGGUGGUUGAGGGCCAUGCUGGGUAACCCUGAGGCCUCAUCUCACUCCAUGUCAUGUGCUUUGAUCCCAAGUCUCAGGAAGCUGCUGAGGGACUGAGCAGCUCACCCGCUGCUGAAAUACAGGCCCGAGGCCAGAGGCUGCCAUUAUCACUCAGCCUCAAUACAACCCGGGGCUUUGCAUGGGCAUGGCUCCCUGGGCACUGUCAGCUAAGAGUAAUCAAGACAAGCACAUGCUUCCUUCCAGAGUCAGGCCAAGGCCAGUCCUGCCAACCAGAGGCCUCUGAGUCCACCACAGGCACCGGCUGGACUCCUCUCUCUAUCCCUGGAUAACUAAGCAGUAUUCUAAUUCCUUGGGCUUUAUAGAGGGUCCCUGCCCUGCCUGAGUCAGGAGAUGGGCAGCCCAGUUGGGACAAGAAUGCAGGGAUCUGUCCUGGAGGGCUAGAGGGCACGGACAGCUUCGAGUCCCCACAGAUCCCCUUGGGUUGACAGGAACACUCACCCAAGUGAGUGUGGUUAUUGCCGGCAAGACCUUAAACGGGUCCUCCCCACAGCCUCAGAGAACUGGAGGGUCCCAGCCAGGCUACAGAGAGCUGUCCUGAGUUCCAGAGAUUAAACGAUUACUGAGUGAAAA